UGUCCACCGAACCGGGUUUGGGGGUUUCGUGUUUCAGCUCCUCCUCGAAUGCCGUCCCGCUGAGCCCUCCCUCCCGGUCCUCCAAGAUGGAGCCUCUGGCCGCGCAGCCCCUGCGCUCGGGGCCCAGGGCCAAGGCGCUGGCGGUGCUGCUGGCCCUGGCGCUGUGCGCGGGGACGCUGCUGCUGCUGCAGCUGAGGGCCCGCAGGCCCCGGGCCCGCAGCUUCUACGCGUUCGAGGUGAAGGAUGCCGCGGGCAGGCCCGUGUCUCUGGAGAAGUUCAAAGGCAAAGUCACGCUAGUGGCCAACGUGGCCAGCGACUGCCGGCUCACCGACAGCAACUACUUGGCGCUGCAGGCGCUGCACCGCGAGUUCGGCCCCUUCCACUUCAGCGUGCUGGCCUUCCCCUGCAACCAGUUCGGGGAGGCCGAGCCCCGCCCCACCAAGGAGGUCGUGUCCUUUGCGAGAAGCACCUACGGCGUCACCUUCCCCAUCUUCCACAAGAUUAAGAUCCUCGGACCCGAGGCCGAGCCUGCAUUCCGGUUUCUUGUCGAUUCUUCCAACAAGGAGCCGAGGUGGAACUUCUGGAAGUACCUGGUCAGCCCCGAGGGCCGCGUGGUGAGGUCCUGGCGGCCCGAGGAGCCCGUGGACGCCAUCCGGCCUGAGGUGGCGGAUCUGAUCCGGCAGAUGAUCAUUCGAAAGAGGGAGGACCUCUGAGAAGGCCGCGGGUCGCCGCCACGCCGUCAGAACAGAGUGUCCGUCUCCUCGCGGGCGGUGCGGCGCUGCGGGGGCUUCGUGCGGCCCUGCCCGUGGUGGACGUCCGCAGCAGGGAUGGCACCCGAAGCAAACGGUGCGUCCACGGAAUCCCGGGGCACGCUCAGUCCCGGGGGCCACACCGAGCCGCCAGGACCGUCCCCGCGCGUUCAUGUCCUGAUGCUCAGCUCGACACUCCCUCGGCCCUCCUGGACAUGCCCACACCCAGACCACCGCGUGCCUGGACCGUGUGGAGCAGCUAACUGUAAAUGACUGUUUAGUAAAACACAAAACCCUAUCUAAUAAAGAGGUGGUAUGCAAAUUGACCGUCACACCCUCAC